CUUUAAAGAAAAACUAUGGCCCCACAAUGUAGUAGUGUUGUUUCAUCUUCUCUUCUCUCAAUAUUUCUUAUUUUCAUUUUGCUUCAAUCACCGGUGGAAGCCCUUAAAAAGCCUUAUAUUGUCUACUUGGGAACACAUUCACAUGGUGUGAACCCUUCCUCAGAAGAUCUUGAAAGGGCCACAAAUUCUCAUUACAGCCUUCUUGGAUCAUACUUAGGAAGUGAGGAAAAAGCAAAAGAUGCAAUCUUUUACUCUUAUAAUAGACAUAUAAAUGGAUUUGCUGCAAUUCUUGAUGAGACAGAAGUUGCAGAGAUUCAAAAGCAUCCAGAUGUGGUAUCAGUUUUCUUGAGCAAAGGAAAGAAAUUCCACACAACUCAUUCAUGGGAAUUUCUUAGAUUGGAAAAAAAUGGUGGUGCUGUCUCUUAUCAAUCAAUUUGGAACAAAGCUAGAUUCGGUGAAGAUGUAAUUAUUGCAAACUUGGAUAGUGGUGUUUGGCCUGAAUCUAAGAGCUUUCAUGAGUUUGAAGGAAUCGGACCUAUUCCAUCAAAAUGGCAUGGAGGUUGUCAACCAGUCAUCAAGGAUAAAGUCCACUGUUGUAAUAGGAAGCUAAUAGGAGCAAAGUACUUUAGCAAGGGCUAUAUGGCACUUCUAAAGACUCUCAACACUUCUUCUCUUCAAACUUAUAUACGCAAGGCAAACUUUUUCACCAGUCGAGACUUUAAUGGGCAUGGGACUCAUACUCUUUCCACGGCUGGUGGUAGUUUCGUCUUUGGAGCAAAUGUGCUCGGCAAUGGGAAUGGCACAGCCAAGGGUGGAUCCCCCAAAGCCCGUGUCGCCGCUUACAAGAUUGGUGGUUGGCUGCAAACUGAAGAUGCACCUGCUUACACCGAUGCUGAUGUUAUGGCUGGCUUUGAUGCUGCAAUAAGUGAUGGUGUGGACAUAAUCUCGGCCUCUAUUGGUAGUGAUGAACCUAUUGAGUUUUUCGAAGAUGUGAUUUCAAUAGGGAGUUUUCAUGCGGUUAUGAAUAACAUUGUUGUGGUUGCCUCGGCUGGCAACGAAGGACAUGAUCCAAAGACUGUAACUAAUGCAUCACCAUGGACCAUAACCGUGGCAGCUAGCACAGUCGACCGUGAGUUCAGCAGUUAUGUAUCUCUUGGCAAUAAAAAACACCUUGAGGGAGCAAGUCUUUCUUCACGCGGCUUGCCAUCUCAAAAGUUUUAUCCAUUGACCUAUGGGGAAUUCUGCAAGCCUAAAAGCCUAAAUCCAAAGAAUGUAAAUGGGACUAUUUUGGUUUGUUAUGUUGGGGAUGAGACUUCAAAACUUGAAAAGGGCCACCAAGCAUUUCUUGCAGGUGCUGUUGGAAUGAUUCUAGUUAAUCAUCCCUUAAUUGGGAAUGAAACAUAUCCUGAGGCUCAUGUGCUCCCUGCAUCUCAUCUCAAUGCUAUUCAAGGAAAUUUAGUGAUUGAAUACCUCAAAACUACCAAGGCUCCCAUGGCUUACAUGACUCGACCAAAAACUGGAGUUGGAGUUAAGCCAGCUCCAGCCAUGGCUUCAUUCUCAUCGAGAGGACCUAAUGUUAUUCAGCCAGCUGUGCUUAAGCCGGAUAUCACAGCACCAGGAGUCUAUAUUAUUGCUGCAUAUAGUGGAGCUGUUGGACCAACUGAUGAAAUAUUUGAUAAGCGUCGAGUCCAAUUCAACACAAUUUCAGGUACUUCAAUGUCAUGCCCUCAUGUUUCUGGGAUCGUUGGCCUUCUCAAAACUCUUCAUCCAGAUUGGAGUCCAGCUGCAAUUCAUUCAGCUAUAAUGACAACAGCAAGAGUUAGAGAUAACAACAAUGAACCGAUGUUGGAUUGGAACAUGAAAAAAGCAACACCCUUUGAAUAUGGUUCAGGCCACAUUCAACCAAACCGAGCUAUGGAUCCUGGACUUGUGUAUGAAAGAACUAUUGACGAUUACAUGAACUUUUUAUGUGCCCAUGGCUACAAUGAAACAAUGCUUAAGAAAUUUUAUAAGAAACCGUAUAAAUGUCCCAAAUCAUUCACUCUAGGAAAUUUCAACUACCCUUCCAUUACAGUUACAGAUCUAAGUUCACAAUCAACAACAAUCAUUACUAGAAAAGUUAAGAAUGUUGGCCCACCAGGCACCUACAAAGCAUAUGUGAGAGCCCCAGCUGGAGUUUCUGUUUAUGUUAAGCCCACAACAUUAGAAUUUAGCAAAAUUGGUGAAGAAAAGAAAUUCGAGAUUAUUUUGAAGCCAAAAAUUGUUGGACAACCUAAAGAUUAUGUGUUUGGACAAUUGAAAUGGACAGACGGGAAGCGCUAUGUUAGGAGUCCUAUAGUAGUCAAGUACUAAAAGGAGUCAGAAAUUAGUAUGGCAGAUUAAAAUGUAAAAUAUUUAUUUUAUUCAAGCACAUUCAUCGAGAAAGUAUGUAUGCAUUGUCUGUCAUAUGAAUUUAGUAUUUGGACCAUUUGUUUUGUU